AUCAAUGUAGACCUCUAAGGUAUAUAGGUGAAGGUAUAGUUAUGGUUAGAAUGAAGAUAGAUCGCAUAGAUGAGAUAAUCGACUUGUUAGGCUCCACCGACAUUGAAGACAUUACAUUAGGGAUAAAUCUGCUCGAUGAAUUUCUUGGACAAAACUUACAGAGCAUUGUGGAGCAUUUUGAUACUAGUUCAACAAAGAGUAGUAAUGGAGUUAAACUAACAAGUUUCGACAACAAAAAUAUUCUUAUUAGCUCUCAAGAUAGUUUUCAGUAUAAUCUAGUUUCUGCCUUAUUAGGGUAUUACAAAGUUGUGAAUAGGGAUCUAUCAAAGAUUGAUAUAGAUACUGCGUUACUUGCUAAUCGUUUAUUACAAGGAUUACUAUUGAUACAUCCGAAUUCUCGAAAAUUAUUCCAUAGACCCUCAAAUAUGCGUGUGAUACUAGAAUUACUUGAAAAAAGUGAGAUAAGCUUAGGCAUAUCAUUGAUAUCGACUUUGAUACAUAUAUUAUUGAAAGAUUUUACUAAUUUUAGAGUAUUUGAAGCCAAUAAUGGCUGCUCUAUAAUAAUCAAACGCUUUAAAUUAUCUUCAUUUGAUAUAAAUCAGAAACAAACUACUUAUUCAACUUUUAAAUCCAAAAGAUAUAAUCAACAAGACUUAAAUUUUAAGAUUAUUGAGUUUUUGUUAUUUUAUUUAAUUGAUGAAAGGAGAAUAAAUACAAACUUUAAAACUUUAGAACAGAAAUCAAAUCUUUUCAGGAAAGAUUUCCCAGAAAUUGACGACCUUAUAGAUAGUCUUAAUGAAUUGAACGACUUACAAAGUUAAUGAGAUAUUAAUAAUAGUGUAAAAUAGUAAUGGUGUGUAUAUUAUAUUAAGAUGGUUAUAAAAAUAAAUAGUAAUGGAAAAUAAGAUAAUAGUAAUAGAAUAGUAAUAAAUAGUAAUAGAAUAGUAAUAGAAUAAUAAUAGAAUAAUAAUAGAAAAUGUAGUAAUAAGUUAAUGAUGAUC